GGAGCUCAGGUAUAAAAGGAGGAGAUGCACCUCCCUGGCAGCCAGAGGACACUGGGGGAGCUCCGGGAGUCCCUCCCUGCCCAGCAGAGGGUCCUGCACCCAGCGGGCUCACAGAGGAGAAGUUGGAUUUGCGGCAGGGGAAGGAACACCUGGGCAGGAGCUGGUGCAGGACGUGCUGGUUUCCUCCAGGAACGGUGACUCCAAGGGGUGGAAGAUGCUGGAUAAGGCCACCCUGCUGCUGUUCCUGCAUUUAGUCACAUGCUCCAUCUCCUCUCCUCUCUACCCAGCUCUCAGGUACAGCCCAGGGCCGGCUGCUGGCAAAGCCUUGAGCUUCCAGCUGCAGCACAGCAGCUCAUUGCAGAGCCAUUCCCCCCUGGCAGAGGAGCAGGAGGAGGAGGGUUUGUUAACAGACCCCACUGAGAAAAGGAUGCAGCGCCAUGCUGAUGCCAUAUUCACUGACAACUACCGCAAAUUCCUGGGGCAGAUUUCCGCCCGGAAAUUCCUACAGACCAUCAUUGGCAAGAGGCUCGGAAGCAGCGAGAGCAGCCCAGGGGAAGGGGUGCAGGAAUUCCUGAGCAGGCGCCAGUCCGACAGCAUCCUGAUGGACAGCCAGUACCAGCAGCAGAUGGUACUGAGGGACUUCCUGGGAGCCAUCCUGCACAACCAAAGGCCUCAGGACAUGGACAGCAGUCGGCUAGAAGGCUUUCCCAGCACCCUGGCUAAGCUCAUGUAAAUACUUCUCCCUUUUCCAUCUCCCCAUGCUCUGGUGAGUACCAUUCCCUGCUCAGUC